UACCUACGUCUUUAUGGCGCCCGCGCCUUCGCAGCCUCAUGGUGAUGGUGUCACGGCAGAGCCGCUCACCGACGACGCUGAUCGUGUUCAGUUUUGUGUCCAUGGCGUUACUGGGACUGCUACUGCACCACUUAACGGGCACGGUGUUGCGCCAGCACUUUCCGGCUCAGCUGUGCCAGGGAAAGGGCGCAGCCUCAGGUGCCACCACCGUGGUAGUAGCCGUCCGCACCAAGCCGAACAACCACGUGCUCCGGCAGGCUAUCCGAGAUUCCAUGGGCCACUCGGCUAUCCGCUCGGCACUGCCCUGGAAGGUCGUCUUCUACACCGGCUACACCGUCGACAUCGUCAAAUCACGCUCGCUUCGUCGCGAGGUGCUCAGAGGGGACCUGAUCAUCGCUCCGUUCGAGGCCUCCUCCGAGAACACCGUCAAGAUCUUCAUCGAGACCCUGCGCUGGAUCAGCCAGCAGUGCGAGCCGGGCCUGCGCCACCUGGUACACACCAACGACACCACCAUGGUUGACUUCCUCGCCGCGUACGAGUACAUGGACAGCCUGAAGGAUGCCAGUGACCGCCACUUCCACUGUGCUAUUGUGCAGCUGCUUCCCGUCGACAGGUAUCCGAACAGCUCGAACUACGUGCCGGAAGAGCUCUUCCGCGACAGCAUGUGGCCCACCCACUGCGAAGGGGACGCCUUCAUUGUGCACGCCCAGCACCUGAAGGCGCUCGUGCUUUCCUCCGAGGCCAUCCCGCAGUAUCCGCUGUUGGGACCUUACGUCACGGGACACCUUCCGGUCCUGGCCCGACUCGGACACAGGAACAUCGCGAACUUGGUCAGUGCUAUCCUCAUCGCUUUCUUGUCUUUCACGUCGUGCCGACGUCGCGGACACGAUAAGAAAUUCUGCGGUUAA